CCCUCCCCCUCCCGGCCGUGGCGGUCGGCCAGGUCCAGGGGAUAGGGUUCCCCACUCAGAUCCCGGCGUCGGGGUCCGCCCAUGGCUGGCCCUGGCCCAGGCAACGGCGGCGAUCCCGGCUUCAAUGGCCCUUUCCCCUCGUUUCCUGGCGCACCGCGCAGGUCAGAUAUGGAACAGGAGCAGCAGAUCGUAGCGCAGUUGGAAGGUAUGGACAUAUCGGGAAACCGGCCGGGUCCGAGAGGACCGAACGGUCCGCCGCAGCAGCAGAGAGGACCCAUGCGCCCUCCCCCAAACGGCUACGGGAGACCCGGGCCGAUGGGACCUCCCCGUGGCCCACCGCAAGGGUACCACCCGCAAGACUACCCCGACCAGCGACGUGGCCCUCCUCCGGUCCCCGGAUAUGGACCGCAGGGGGGCGGUUACCAGGAGGAGAAUUUCGGGCCUCCGCCUCGAAGCAUGACGAUGCCGGCCGGAGAUCAAAUGGACAUGCGCCAGGCCGGUCCUCUCAUGCGGGCAGAUAGCGCACCUUACAGGGGCCCUAUCGGCCCCGGCGUGCCGCAGCGACCGAGCACCGCGCAGGGAAUGCGACAGCCCCCGCCGAGGAUCUAUCCUCCAAACAACCACGGCCCUCCGCCUCAAGAAGCACGCCGGGAUGGCCCAGAGGAAGCCGGGCAUGACUCGGGCUACGGUCAAGACCGCCCUUCAUCGGUCGACGACCUCUACGACUACUACGGCGGCAAUGACGGCUAUCCCGCCCACAACCCUCCCUCGGCCGCGUCCGACGUCCCCGAUUUCGAUGCCAUGCCCUCACAUCGCCCCAAGAACUCGUUAGACCGGCACAUGCAGCCUAUCCAGCAAGAGCUGGCCCAGCGCGGUCCUGGCCGGCACCCCGAGAUGACCCGGGCGAAGUCUCAGCCCAACUUGCGCAACUCGCAGACGGCCGUGUUCGAGAUGGCCGGCGACAUCCCCCCGCUGCCCACCCAUCAGCCCGGCGGCCCACAAUCUCACCAGGAGCCCGGGCCCGGCCCGGCUCCGGGCCAGGGAUUGCCUCCAGGUCCGGCGCCUUACAGGCCCGGAGUGCAGCAGCCUUCGUCUCAACCAGGCCACAACCCGGAUAGCCUUCCCUCGCAUCCCACGCCCGUUCGUCCCGGGCACAUGCCCGGGUCGGUGGUUAACCUCAACGACCGGCCGCCGCCGGUGAGGAACUACAGUGGUACUCCCGGCGGUUACGGCGCCAAUACGACCAGUCCCCCCGCCGGGGGCUACCAGCAAGGCCCGCCGCCUGAUCAGGCGGCCAACGGGUCCGGGGCGCAGCCCGCGGAACCACCCGUCACCGUCGAGGAACUGGAGCACCUUCGGGCCACGGUCAAGAACGACCCCGGGGACCAAGCCACGGCCCUCCGGCUGGCCAAGCGGCUGGUCGAAGCGUCGGACGCGCUGGUGCCUAACCUCCCCGACCCCAAAGCGCGCGCUCGGUCCCGCGAACGCUACCUCGUGGACGCGCAGAAGAUCCUCCGCAAGCUCGAGAAGGCCAACAACCCGGACGCCAUGUUCUUCCUGGCCGACUGCCUCGGGCGCGGCCUGUUCGGCGAGCCCGACAACGCGCACGCCUUCUCGCUCUACCAGUCGGCGGCCAAGCUGGGCCACGCGGCGGCGGCCUACCGCACGGCCGUGUGCUGCGAGAUCGGCAACGACGAGGGCGGCGGCACGCGCAAGGACCCGCUCAAGGCCAUCCAGUGGUACAAGCGGGCGGCGACGCUCGGCGACACGCCGGCCAUGUACAAGAUGGGCAUGAUCCUGCUCAAGGGCCUGCUGGGGCAGCCGCGCAACCCGCGCGAGGCCAUCAGCUGGCUCAAGCGGGCGGCCGAGCGCGCCACGCCCGAGAACCCGCACGCGCUGCACGAGCUGGCGCUGCUGUACGAGAGCGCGGAGCCCAACGACGUGAUCCUGCGCGACGAGGCCUACGCCUUCCAGCUGUUCAAGCAGGCCGCCGAGCUGGGCUACAAGUUCAGCCAGUUCCGCCUCGGCUGCGCCUACGAGUACGGCCUGCUCGGCUGCCCCAUCGACCCGCGCCUGUCCAUCAUGUGGUACAGCCGCGCCGCCGUCCAGGAGGAGCACCAGAGCGAGCUCGCCCUCUCGGGCUGGUACCUGACCGGCAGCGAGGGCGUCCUGCAGCAGAGCGACACCGAGGCCUACCUGUGGGCCAGGAAGGCCGCCCUGGCCGGCCUGAGCAAGGCCGAGUACGCGAUGGGCUACUUCACCGAGGUCGGUAUCGGCGUGCCCGCGAACCUGGAGGAUGCGAAGAGGUGGUACUGGAGAGCUGCUGCCCAGGAUUUCCCCAAGGCGAGAGAGCGAUUAGAGGACCUCAAGCGGUCCGGCAAGAGUGGCCCUCGCACCCGAGAGAGGAUAUCCAGGAGCAAGAUCGGGAAGCAGCAGGAGGGCGAGUGCUCCGUCAUGUAAGCGACAGAGCGUUCGCGUCUCGGUAGGGCUUUGCUCAUCCCUGGAGGUGACGGUUAGCCAGGGCGUAAUGAGCGGUUGGGUGGUGAUGAAGAGGCUAGUUAUGCUGGCAAAGUGGCAACGGUAGCCGCGUGCGGCGUCUGGUUGCGGCCGAUCCAGAUCUCCCUCCUC